AUGGCGGCCAGGAUGCAUUCAAGGUCGGCACCUGGAUGUCAGCGUAUGCCGGUGUGCGAAAGCUGGGAUCGGGACACGGGCACCGACGGAUUCACAGCCCUUUCGGCUGCCGGCGGCGGUUCGCUCAACUUCCCAUCGAUUGCGGCCGGCGGCAAUCAGCUGAUCGGAGUAGACCAAAACAACGAGCAGUUCCUUGGUGCCGUUGGGAAGGGUAAGGGACGCAAAAAGCUUCGUCUGCUGAAGCCGAAAAUCAAACAACUGUACGAUGUGGAAGUGCUGCCAGCCGAGUAUCUCGGACCGAAGAUUGAGUAUAGUGUGAACCUCCCACGUGUGACCGCCCAGUUGGAGAAACUAAUGGGGACCAAUGUGGUGCGGCUGACCGACCGGAAGUACAUGCAGGAUCUGCAACGUCGCAUUCAGGAGGAUUACAAUGUGACCCUGGAGAAACGAAUCAGCGAGAGGGAGCACGAAGAGCUCGAACGUCAAAAGUACCUCAUCCUGAACGGCAAAUAUAGCUUGCACAACUGCCCUCGAAACCUGAUUCCUCUGCACAGCAUUGUACUGGCGAAGGAGCUCGAGAGGGAGCGCAGUCUCAUCCUCUCUGGAGCAGGCGAUUCCAUACCGGAGGAUUUUAAUAGCUCUGUUUUCGGCAUCAACAAAAAGACAAACCAAAUCAUUUGCAACAAGCGAGAGAAGCUCAAAACCAUUAGGGAGAAGAACGCCGAACGAUUGAUCAAGCAAGGACUUCGCUGGGAGCGUGAGCGACUUCAGAUGGAGGACUACAACCGGCAGAAGGAAAUCGAACGUCGCUCCCGGAGGGAGGCCUUGCUGGAAAAGGAGAAGUUGUACAUGAUCGAGGAUAACGAGCGGGCGCUGAACUUGCUCCGAAUGAAGACCAGGAAGGGACCCUGUCGGGACAUGGAUUUGAGAUCGCUUCUAAUGCAGCAACGACAAGAGUUGGGAGAGAAAAUCAAGAAGCGUGACUUCGAUUUGAACGACGAGAAACGAAUGGAUUCCGAUCGGAGCAAGGAGAAAAAGCGUCGCCACAAGAAGUAUUCGGUGAAGAGUGCGCCGGAUGUUCCGGAAACACAUGUAUCUUCACCUGAGGAGGGCUACAUUUCGAUGAACCAGGGGGAGACUCCAAGCGAGCUGGAAACGUCGAUUAUGCUCAAGAUUGAGAAGGAUAGCAAGGAUUCCGGGGAUGAAUCGGAUCCGCUGGAUGAUGCGAGUACUGUUGACGUGACUGAUGGGGCCGCCGGUUCGGAGAUUGACUAUGCCGAAGCUGCCGAAGCGGAAGCGAUGAAGGAAGAAAUGAACAAGAUGCUGGAGAAGAAGAAGGUAAAGACAAGGAACGAGGAUCCGAAGAUAACCAGAUUGAAGGAGGCAGAUACUAUCAAUGAAAUCUAUAACAUUGCUGAUGAGAUUAUUGUUUUGGAGAAGAAAAAACUGAAGAAAGGAUUUGGGGUGAAGUAAAUACAGGUUAGCCAGAAAAUUUGUAGUAAACGUUUUCGCCAAAGGCGAUUCAAAUUGAUUGUGAUAAAAAAUUAACUUAGUCAGAUUAUGUUGUAACACAAUUGUUGUUUAAUUGAAAGAAUUAAAUAGAGAUAUAUUUGUGGAAUUUAGAGAAGUUGUUCAC